AUGGAGUGCUGUGAGGGCAUACUCUUUCUCACAACGAGCAGAGUCGGCACUUUUGAUGAGGCUUUCAAGUCCCGCAUGUCACUAGCUCUGUACUAUCCAGCGUUCAACCAGUCUCAGACUGAAAAGAUCUGGAUAGGCCAGAUGGAGCGUAUCGAGGAGUUGUCUGUCAAGACCGCACCGGACGACGCGUCUAGGCAUGUCAAAUUCUUUACCGAUGAUAUAAUAGUACUCUCCAGGGAGAUUUGGUUUUUGCAGCAUUCCCAGCCUAGCUUUCAACCAGUUUGGAAUGGGCGACAAAUUCGCAAUGCCUUUCAGACCGCUGUAGCGCUGGCAGAGUCCCAACAGCGCAGGGAACGCAAAUCGGGACCGAUUUAUGUCAUGAAAGAGCAUUUUACCAAAGUCGCCGACGUUUCAAAUCAGUUCAACGCCUACCUCUACACGGUCAAGCAUGGACGCACAGAUGAGAUCCUGAGCCUCAGAAACCAGUAUCGAGCAGAUCAGUUCGAUCGGUCGUCCCAGACCUCUUGGGGCGGUCUAGGAUUCGCACCGCAGCAGCAGUACUCGCAGUUUCAGCAGCAGCAGCAAGGACUUGGCGGAUGGGGUAAUCUGCAAAACCCCAAUGUCAUGGGCGGCGGUGGCCAGGCGGGAAUGACAAUGGGGGCCCAGGGCCUCGGAAACAAUAAUUUCCAGGCCCAAACCGGCUUCGGAAAUCCUUUGCAGCCAGGCUUCGGGGGUAUGGGAAACUAA